GACGAGGAGGGUCGCAUCUUCCUCGACCUAGAUCCAGCGCAGUUCCGCUCGGUCUUAGACUGGGCCUUUGAGGGUGCGGAGGAACGGCGCCGGGCGCCGGAGACCUCUGAGCCACAGACCUGGGGCCUGGAGCUUUUGCUACGGUUUCUGGGUCUGGCAGACGAUCCGGCCACCGUCGUGGGAGAGCCGAAGGUGAAGCUGGAUCCAGAAGAUGGCGCCAUAUGUACAUACACUGAGAUUCUCUGCAAGUAUGGGAAGGAGUUCACAGCUGAGGAAAUAC